AUGCCUCGAGCUCCGUUGCACUCCCCACAUGGUACCCUGGCCUUUCCUGGUGUUGAUUGCUGCUUUUACAAAAUGGUCACUUUCAUAUACUAUAAAUACCUAUGUCAUAAUUCUGAUCUUCUUAAUGGGUCUUGGAAGAAAUUAUUUUGCGGGAGAACCAGUUACCCCCAGCACUGUCUGAGCAUGCCUCUCCCGAGAGUUGCUUGGACUGUCUUUGUACCUGAACCCUCCUCCAGCCCAUCUCUGAGACUUGGUGUGAGCAACCAAAGUCCCAUCUGUCCCAACAAGCAAGGCCACUUUCCAGCAGAUAAAGGCUCACCCUGCUUUCCUCUGUGGCCCACACAGAGUAAUUGCUUCCUCCUUCAGAUGCUGUCAUUGUUUAAAAAAAAAAAAAAAUCUCAGUGCCCAAAGGGAACUAAUGAAGUUGUUGAAAAGAAUUAUGAGUUACUGAAGUGUAUACGUGUAGGGGUGUGA